AUGGCAGCUCAUCGAAAAUUCACUUUUGAAAAUCCAGAAGAUAGCUACUGGAAUUCUAAUGAUUUCACUGAUUCCCCAUUUGAUAACUUAUCGACUGCGAAUGCGGCUGCUGCUCGAGCAGCUGUAGAUGAUUUAUUCGAGUGUAAAUUUCGUUUUGAUAGCGAUGAUGGAUGGUCGAAUGCUGGAAGUGAAUCACCAUCGAUUGGAGAAAUCCAAACCAAGCAAAAUUUAAGAAAUGGAAGUACCGAUGCACUGAAAACAGUCCUUGAAACUUCGAGACCAGGUCGUUCACUCGUACAGUUUAAUCAGGAUCAAAUAUUUGGUCAGAAAACUCCUUUAAAAUAUUGUCCUGUUUCCUGUGAUUAUGCUUCUUCAUUCAUUUCUGAUGGUAGUGCUGAAUCAUUUUCGAGUAAUGCAACUACACAGUUGGACUACUCUAGACUGAAAAGUGAACACAGGAAAUUGCAAAAGCAUUUGGAGCAAGUAAGAUUAGAACGUUAUCGUGCAGCUGAUCCUGAACAUACAAUUCGAAGAUUGCUACGAAAUGAUUCGGUUUCAUUAGACUUGUAUCGAAGUAAGAAAGAGAAGUUAGAUUUAUUGGAAGCUGCUUUGGAAUCCUAUGAUGGAAAUGUCAUCAUUGCUGUUGUAUUAGCUUUGGAAAGAUCUCUUAAAACUUCGAUAUUUUUGGAUAUCCUAAAACAAAAGCCAGUUGCUGCUCAUCAUUAUGUGUCUUAUUUGAAAGAUAUGAAGAAUUAUGAUCAACUAACUUCAACAUUAUCAGCUUUAAAUCGUACAGAAGAAGUUGCACUUGUAUUAUAUUCGGUGGCAUGUAAAAAGCCACCAAAUGAGCGAAUUGUAUAUUUGAAAAAAUGUUUAAAUUCAUGUACUGCUGUUCCAUCACUUCAAGCUUUUUCAAAAUCUGUAAAUGAAUAUAUUGAUCUUCUGGAACGACAAAUUAUAAUUGAAGAUGCUGAUGAAGCACUUAUCAAAGAUGGGAAAAACAAAAUCUUCCAACAAUAUCCCAAAACAACUACUUUAAUUGGACGACCAGUUUUGACAACGCUAUAUUAUUCUUGUCUGUAUCAUUUUGAUCUUCCCGUGAAUGCUUAUGCUAGCCCAUUAUCCAUCAAAGAAUUCUUCAAUAUGACUGAAAAGCAAUAUGCAUGGAUGGCAAUAUCAGCGUUAACACGUUUGAAAAGAUGGAAUGAUAUCGAACGAGUGCUAAUGAGUAAAAAAUUAUUGGGUGGUGUUAAAAUUCAAUGUCCUUUUGCUUGGCGCCAUUUAUUUACUAUAAUUUCAAGUGAUGAGCAACAGCCACCAAAAGAAAUUUUGUGUAAGUUUUUGCGUGCUAUUCCGGAUAUAAACGAACGUCAGUAUCUUGCGAAUCAAUUUCCGGAAGCAUCUGAAGUAAUAAUUGAAUGUAUGGUAGCGCAAAAAGAUCGAAUUGCACUGAAUGAAUUUCUAGCCAGGCUAACACCACAUACUGUUGAAUUUUAUAAAGCACUCAACGCUUUGAAUAAUGCUACAAAUAGAUGGAAAAAUUAA